AACAGCGGUUACCAACACUGGUCCGUCUCCCACCUCCCUGAGAGGCCGCACGCCCCCUGGCGCCACCUCCCGAUCGAUAAGUCGUACCGCGCCCUCGCCGCCGGGUCCGACAGCGCCUCGUACGCGCGGCGGAUCUCCACGAAGUCGUCCCCUCCCCGGCCCGCAGUCACGUCCGGGUGGAAUCGCUUCGCCAUGGACCGGUACGCCGCCUUGAUCUCCCCCGCCGUCGCCGUCUCUCGGACCCUCAGCACCUGGUACAGGCUCCUCGCCCUCCUCUCCGCCGUCUCCGGCGUCCCUUCCGCCGCCGCCAAAGCCACUACCGACCUAGGCCGGACGGAGAUGCAGACAGGAGGGGGGAGUACAGCGAAGUUUAGGCCUCCAGACAUUGCCAUAUUUGCGGCUCUUCUUCCUUGGCGACGAGGCGAUGGGGGUAGAGUCGGCGUGGGGCUUCAAUAGGAACAAAUGGGCCUCGCUCCUCUCUCUCUCUCUCUUGGGGUCUAAUUAUAAGAGUGAGUUUACAGGUGGAAGAAAAAGGCAUAAAGCGAUUCAAAUAAUCAUGCACAGGAAUUACUCGUAAUUAUAUCAGAUUGAUGUAAGAUGUGCCAUUUGGAGUCGGCAAGACGGCCUCCUCCUCGACAGAAUUAUUCCAUUCUAUAUUUCGUGACGUGACUCCAUAAUAAAGAAAUGGAGUAGAUUUUUCCUGAUGCGAAUUAAGUUCACCAUCUGAAGGCGGUGCGAAGGAUUAGACAAAUCCAUAUGAGCCGGUCAAAUGACGACGAUCGGGUCCGAGUCAGGUCAAUUUGGUAACGACUUAAGGUCUGGUCAGGGUCAGGUUAAUUUGGCCUCGCUGCCCGUGCGUCGCUCUCCUCGGGGUUUAGGGGAGGGUUUCGCAGCCCUCGACCAAAUAAGUCGAGCCAAGAACGAGACGGCGGCGAUGCAGCGUUCCGCCGCUCCGCUCCUCAGCCGCUUCCUCCUCCGAUCCCGGCGGUUCUCCUCGUCGACUGACGGCAGUAUCGGUGCCAGCGUCAGCGGCAGCGUCUCGCUAAAGAAUGCCGCCGCUGCCGUGCUCUUCGAUCAUCUUCCAGUUGCUAUUCCCGAUACCGAUCCCGUCGUCUACCGUUUCCAAGAAUUCUCGGAAUCCCUGAACCCCUCGUUGCCUUCGGCUGAUUCGACUCUGUCUCGAUGGAGGCAUCAGUAUUGUCGGAGGCACCGUGAUGAAAUCUCGGGAAAGGCGGAUUCAAGGAAUUACCUGUUUGGAGAUAUAUAUUUGAAAACAUGGUCGAAUAAUGAAUUUCGAUUAAUGUCCAUGAGAAAAUUGAACUCCACUUCCAUCUCCCACUUCAUUUCAACUUGUGCGUGCCGGUUUAUGUCAACAACAAAAGGAAGGAGUAUGCGGAGCAAGGUGGAGAAGAGAAUGCGGAGAGAAACAGGGAAAACUCUAAGGGAGAUCAGACGUGCAAAAAAAAUUAGAAAGAAAUUAAUGACAGAAGAGGAGCGGAUAAUAUACAACUUACGUAGAGCCAAGAAAAAGGUGGCUUUGCUUCUACAGAAACUCAAGAAAUAUGAAUUGCCAGAGCUACCAACCCCUCGCCAUGAUCCUGAGGUUCUUACACCAGAACAGCUCCAGGCUUAUAAGAAGAUUGGCUUUAGAAAUAGGAACUAUGUACCUGUUGGAGUUCGUGGAGUAUUUGGAGGUGUGGUUCAAAACAUGCAUCUCCACUGGAAGUUCCAUGAGACCGUACAAGUUUGCUGUGACAACUUUCCCAAGGAAAAAAUUAAAGAAAUGGCAACCAUGCUUGCAAGAUUAAGUGGUGGCAUCGUGGUUAAUAUACACAAUGUCAAAACUAUUAUCAUGUUUCGUGGAAGGAAUUACCGACAACCAAAGAAUCUGAUACCAGUCAACACCCUGACCAAAAGGAAGGCCUUAUUCAAAGCAAGAUUUGAGCAAGCUCUCGAAUCUCAAAAGUUGAACAUAAAGAAAAUUGAGCAGCAGCUUCGCCGAAAGGGUGUCAAUCCGGAGGAUCCAAUCUCUAUGGCUAGCAUUCAGAGAGUUGCUGCUACCUUUUUCAGGGCUAUCGAUGAGAAACAAGGAACUCCAUAUGUAUUUCGUGGGAACAGGCCAUCCCCAUCUGAGAUUGAUGAUCCUCAAGAUGAGCCUGCCGAUGUACCUUCUGAAGACAGUGACCAGGAGGAGCUUGACCGCUUUAUUCAAGAAAUAGAGGAUGCAGCAGACAAGGAGUGGGCAGAGGAGGAAGCAGCAGAGAAAGAGGAAUCAUCCAGAAUAAGGUACUGGAGUCAAGAUGGCAUGGGUAUGCCAAGCAGGGCAUCGGACUGGAGUAGCAGAAGUUCAGAAGAGAAUAGGGGCCACGGAAGAGGUUCAAGUGGUGCUUCUGGUGGACUAAGGACUACAGAGACACGAAAGUGGAAUAGUGAUCCUGAGAUAUCUGGGGAUUCAGAAGGCGACGAGUGGGAAUAUGAUGAUGAAGUGGAUGAUGCUGUAGCUGAUAUUCAAAGUGAUGAGAAUAGUGAAGAUGAGACUCUUGAAAGACUACCAAACCGAAGACAGAGGAACAACAGAGUUGGGCAGGAGGAAGCUUUCAGAACAAGAGGCAAUGAACGAAACAAAUGGAUAGAAAAUGAAGAUACCAGGCCAUCAAAUGAUAUGCAUGAAGAUUCGGAGGAUGGGAUUUGGGAAUCAGAAGAUGAGGAUACACAUGAUUUGUUGGAAACAAAAGGCACUGCUUACGAUUAUCUCAGCAGCAGCAGCAACGAUGACUCCGACAGUAAUAGUGGAAAUGGCAGGAGGAUGGGCGAACUUAAGAAGAAAGAGAUUGAUGAAAGUUGGGACAGUGAUUAAUGAAUAUUGUUUGAACUGAACAGAAUUAGACUAAAAGGAAAACAGAAACCAAAAACAUGGCAGAUAGACUAGAAGCUGAGCUCGGUCCUGAUUUUUUUAUCGGAUAAAUUGGGGAGGUCUUUUACAGGAUUUUGAGGUAACGCAAAUCCUAAUUGAACUUAAUGCCUCUUGGUCAGUUACAUUAUAAUACAUUAGCGGAUGGGGUUGGAACUUUGCCUGGCAUGUGGAUCCACAGAACUCGCAAUAUUUGUUAUUUCUGCUUUUGAUGAGGUUAUGUAUGGAGUGAACUGAAAUGUAUCGCAAUUUAAAGACUGGAUCAACACUUGAUUUAGUUUGGAUCAUUUUAAACUCAAGCUGUAGUAUAAAAAAAAUGGUAUCUUAUCCUGUAUUAUUUCCUUUUUUUUCAAUGGAUGAUGGAUAAAAUCUGGCUA